GCUGGAUCGGGGGAUAAGAAGAAGCUCGUGUUCCUCGGGACACCCGAGGUGGCUGCGUCCGCGCUCGAGGCUAUCCUGGACGCCGCUGAAGCCCCGAAUGCUGCCUUCGAGGUACAUGCGGUGGUCAGCCAGCCUGGUCGACCGCGCGGUCGAGGGAGGUCCAAGUCUGGCCCGCCUCCGCCCAGCCCCGUGGCGGAGGCUGCGAUGAGGAGGGGAAUUCCAGAGGACAUGGUGCUCUGUCCGGUCAAGGCGAACGAACCGGACUUUCUGCAGCGUCUGAGGGAUAUGGAGCCCGACUUGAUGGUCACUGCUGCUUACGGCAACUUCCUCCCCCAGAAAUUCCUCGACAUUCCGCGGCUCGGGACGCUGAACAUCCACCCGAGCCUCCUUCCGCAGUUUCGAGGUGCGGCGCCUGUUCAGAGAUGUCUGGAGCGCGGCGACGCCGUGACUGGGGUCUCUGUCGCGUACACGGUCCUCAAGAUGGAUGCGGGCCCCGUGCUCAGGAGGGUGGAGCACGAGCUCAACGGGGACGAGAAGCACGACGAACUGCUACCGGAGCUGUUCGCGACGGGUGCAAAGGCUCUCAUCGAAGCGCUUCCGAGGGUUUGGGACGGCACCGAGAGUUUUGACACCGCGACGCCGCAGGCUGAGUACGGCGACGCUUGCGAGGCUCCAAAGACGAGCCCUGAGGAGGCGAGGAUGGAUUUUAUGGGCCAGAAUGCGAGGACACUGCACAAUAAGGUGCGGGGUUUCGCGGGUUGGCCUGGAACCAAGGCUAAGUUCGAGGUGCGUAAGGAUGGCGGCGACGAAGGCACCGUCGUCGAGGUGAAAAUCAUCACGACGAAAGUUGUGACUGAUUCCGAGGCUGGAAAGGAGGCAAAGGCGGCGAACGGCGCGGUUGAGCUCACGAAGAACUCCAUGCGUGUGCCGUGCGGGGGAGGCGACUGGCUUGAAGUGUUGGAGCUUCAGCCGCCUGGAAAGAAGGCGAUGAAAGCGGGAGAUUACGCCAACGGCAUGAAAGGGAGCACAUUGA